AUGGCUAACAGACCCAAUUUCAUUGACCUCCGGUCACAAUCGUAUGGGGCAAUGGGUGGUAGCAGUAAUGGUUUACCAUCCCCAUCACUGCGCUCAUUACCUUCCCCCCGUUUACACGUAGCUGGAGAUAUUCCACCCGAACUUUCCCCUUUGGAUGCGUUCGCGGCGCAAAGUCGACUCUUGGCCAGACAGUUGAAUGAAAGUACAAAUGGAGGAAAGCGCAUAAGUCGUCUGCCACCACUUACAAUCGCGAACUCUCUCGGCCAAUCUCGCCUCGGAAGUUUACGAUCUGCCUCUGCCGAAAGACUGGCAGAUUCCCCUCUGGCCCAAUUGUCUCCUACAGAAUCUCCUGCUUCUGCUGGCCCGGGACAACAGUUGACAGAGGUCGAGGCACCUAUAUUCAGACCAAUUUCGGUGCAUCCUGAGGUGGGAAAGAUUCCAGAUACUCCAGCAUUCGAUGUAAUUCCCGAGAAGGAAGAUGGAUUUCGAGGCAGAAGACCACCCCCAAGUCCGACUCCGAGGGAACCACAGAGCAUGUUUGGAGCUAGAAGGGAUCUUUCGCCAGCGCCCAUAGAUCAAGAUCCUCGUCAACUUCAACACAGACCUGGAAGGUCACCAUCUGAUGCCCCGUAUCGGGGACGUUUGUCUCCACAGCCAUCUCGUUCGCCUUCAGCUCCACAUCAGGGGCGUAACAAUCUUAGACCAGAGCGUUCUCCUUCUGCUCCUCAUAAUGGACCUGGCAGAUCACCUAGACCGGGUCGUUCGCCAUCUGGCCCUCACAAUGAUCGAGCACUUAGGCCCGAACGUUCGCCAUCCGCUCCUCAACAACGUAUGGGUAGGCCAGGUCGAUCUCCUUCAGACGGUCCAUAUAGAGGGCCACGUUCACCCAGACCUGGCCGAUCUCCUUCCGAUGCCCCAUCUCGACCUAGCCAGGAAUCGAUGCGCCAGCGAGCACUUAGAGGACCCGAUGGCUCUUUAGCUGUAGGUGGUUAUGGCCCAAGAGCUUUGGCACCACCACGAGCACCAUUCGCGCAAAGAGCUCCUAGCUCCAGAUCUAUGUCAAUGGAGAGCUCAGAUGAUGACCACUCACUAUCACACGAUUCUCCUCAACGCAAACUUUCUUCAACAAGUGCCAUGUCAAGCACACCAAACUCUCCUUCUUUCAACUCCUCAGUACCACGAUCUCCAUCUGUGAGCUCCGACUAUUCUGUAGACCACACACAUCUACCCAGACCUGCAUUCAACUUCUCUCGGCCAAUUAGUAGAUCUAGUAAUCACCCAAUGGAAGACAAACCAACAAUACCUUCCCGACAGGCAUCUUCUGACAGCCAGCCUUCAUUUAUUCUCACGGAUGAUACUGCUCAUACCCCUGUGAGUAUGCAUAGUGAGGGAUUCCCGGAUCACAACCUUAUUAUGGAGGGAGCUGCACCAUCCUAUGUAUACUCGACGUUUAAUCUACCUAGAGGCAAGAUGUUACAAAGAAAUUCGGCAAUUUUUCAAGAAGGUCAACCGCAAGCUCAAUUUGUCUUUGAGCAACAACCCCCUGCCUUCCUGGGCAGUAAUCCAACGAUUGAAGGAGGACCUCCGCCAUCACCUCCAUCUCGACCAUCGACUUCUUCCAGACCAGAUAUCUCACAUUUACGUCCUUCCCUAGAGCAGGGCUCGGAACCCACAACAUUGGCCGAAAGAGGACGAAGCUUAACAGACCCUAGUCAUCUUCCAUCACCUUUCGACGCACCCCCCACCUUACAUAAAGAUGGAACGCAAAAGGACAACCGCGCACCAUCGAUUGCCUCUUCAAAUACUACAAUAAAAGCUCGAUCGCAACAUUCACUAGCUCCAUCGGCUGAAAUGUCUGGAGAAGAACAUGUUGCGAAAGCUAUCGAGUAUCAUGAAGCUGGUUCUCUAACCAAAUCUACCUAUCAUUUACGUCUUGCAGCCAGGCAAAAUCAUCCUACGGGUAUGCUUCUCUAUGCACUCGCUUGUAGACAUGGUUGGGGUAUGCGACCUAAUCAGAGAGAAGGUGUAGCUUGGCUGAGAAAAGCUGCGGAUUCGGCUAGCCUUGAGGUUGCCGAUGAUGAGGAUACGGCAAAGGAUGGAAAAGCUGUCGAUGUUUUGGAAAGGAAAACUAGAAAGGCCCAAUUUGCGCUUAGUAUUUAUGAAUUGGGAGUCAGUCAUAUGAAUGGUUGGGGUAUUGAACAGGACAAAGUCCUUGCAUUGAGAUGCUUUGAGAUUGCUGGAUCUUGGGGUGAUGGCGAUGCUUUGGCUGAAGCGGGAUUUUGUUACGCGCAGGGAGUUGGGUGUAAAAAGGACCUUAAGAAGAGUGCCAAGUUUUAUCGGGCAGCGGAAAGCAAGGGGAUUAGUAUGAUUGGGAAUAGUUGGAUCUACAAAUCUAAAUACAAUGAUGAUGGAAAAGACGAUGUCAGUGGUUCGCCGAAUGGAAAAAAGGGUGGAAAGGAAGGUCAUAAGAGACAUCUUUUCGGAAGGACUAAGUGA